AUGUCCGUCCAAGCUGCGUGGGAGGCGUGUUCCAAAAUCGACACCCUCUUCAUCCUUGUCUGCAGUGUCUUCUGCUGGCUGAUCAUCCCCGCCUGGUGGAUGAUCGGCUACUCGCUGGCGUACAGCGAGGGCAACGCGUUCUUUGGCGGCCUCGACAAAGCCUUCCACAUCGGCGUGCUCUCGCAACCGAUGGGCACCAUCCCGGAGAUCCUCUUCUCCGAGUUCCAGCUCAUCUUCUGCGCGACAGUCUGCGCGAUCGCCAUCGGCGGCGCCUGUGAGCGCGGCCGUCUCCUGCCCUUGAUCCCCUUCAUCUUCCUCUGGAGCACCUUCAUCUACGCCCCCCUCGCGCACAUGGUCUGGUCCGACAACGGCUUCCUCGCGAAUCUCGGCGCUCUCGACUUCGCCGGCGGCACGCCCGUGCACAUCUGCAGCGGCGCCACGGCCACCGCCAUGAGCGUCUACCUCUCGUACCCUCUCUUCCGGUCGCGACGGUCGGCAACACGCACACCGCAGCAUCUGCGGCUGCACCGGCCGCACAACGCGCUGUGCCAGCUGCUCGCGCUGAUCAUCAUCUGGAACGCGUGGCUGGCGUUCGACGCGGGGACGACCCUCGCGCUGAACUUCAAGAGCGUCAUGGCGGCAUGCGUGACGAAUCUCUGCGCGGCGUCGGGCGCGCUCACCUGGGCCGGACUGACCUACUACGACACGGGGAAGUGGAGUCUCGACAGCACGUUCCUGGGCGCGAUCGCGGGGCUGGUGCUUAUCACGCCUAGCGCAGGCUUCGUCGAUAUGAACACCGCGGUUGGGUUUGGGGUGCUCGGCGCCGUGCUGGGGCGGCAGGCCCUACGGAUCAAGUUCACGAAGCGCGCGGCGCGCUGGCGCUGGGUCGAUAACGGGGACACAUUCGCCACGCAUUGUCUGGGCGGGUUUCUUGGGACGAUCGUCACGGGCUUGUUUGCCCAGCGCGAGGUGGCUGCCUACGACGGGGCGACCGUCAUCGCUGGGGGUUGUCUCUUCGACGGCAACUGGCGCCAGCUGUGGGUGCAGAUGGUCGAGGCGGGGAUCGGGUUUACGUGGGCGUUUGUCGGGAGCUAUGUGUUACGGGGCGGCGCUAACAGUUCUAGGGACGUCAUGGCCGGCAUGGACGCAGCGCAGAUGGGCGAGUCGCUACAUGAGGCACAGUGGGCCGGAGAGGAGGAUUACUACCCGUUCGAGGGGAUCCAACUGUGA